AUGGAUCCCUCCUACUGCGUAAACCUACGAUGCGAGUGGCAAGGAACAGGAGAGCACUGCAAGCCUGUUACCCGGUACAGCCUAGCGCGCGAAACGGCCGUCGGACGGUGGUUCAACUAUCUCAGCAAAGAUGAAUCAGAUGACGAGCUGAUCGCGCGCAUCAGGGCCGAAUAUCCGGUCAAUACGUUCACGAUCGUGAAGGGCGUCGAAUUUGGCAAGCGGUGCGAGGGGAAGUUCUUGUGGUGUAACUCGAACACUUUCUCGCUGAACACCGACUACGAGGCCUUCCUGAGCCGCGUAAAAUUUGUGCCGCCGGAGCGGAGACCGAGGUUCCGAUGC